UGAGUGAUUUGUGGCCAGAACAUACCCCGUGGACACCAAUAGAGAUAUAUGGCUGGCAGUGGCGCCUCGGUCUUACCGUACAGCCUCAGUGCCCGUCGUACGCACAUCCACACGCCGCGUUCCAGCUAAGAAAAUUUAGGCGGCACGACAUACUCAGUUACCAACAGACCAGCGCGCACUUCAUGUUGAUUUAUACCUUCUUCGCCGCUCAUUAACACUUCCGGUUUAUACAUUUUAGGUUUUGCCUUUUUACUUUUUCGCUACUUGACGAUUUGACCGAAUAUAAAAGCAAGUUGUGUGUUUCAAAUGUGGUUAAACGAUCGCGACACCUAACAAGUGACACAGUGUUUUCGAAUUUUGAUGGUACCGAAGAGGUCCUACACCAUGGCUGAAUCGGCGCUUCUUCUGACCAUCGUCGGACUGACCGUAAGCAACUGCCCCAUGUGGAGGGAAGUUUCGCCUUGCACCUGUAAAAUGGAAUCGCGGAAUGUUAUCGGCAUUACGUGCAUGAAGAGCACCAGUUACGAUCAGGUGGCUAAUAAACUGAGUGGACAUUUCACACCCCACAAUCGAGUGUAUCUGAAGCUGGCCCAUUCGAAUCUCAACGACUUGAAUUUUAGGACUUUUAAAGAGUUAAACAUGACCAUCGAACAUCUUAGGCUGGAACACGAUGUUAUCGGGCUACCAAUGAAUGAAGAGUCAUUCGACGGCUUAUCUUCCGUUAAACUUUUUAGUCUGAGCGACAGUAUUUUAAAUGAUGUACCUGAAAAGAUAUUGAAGAAAAUGCCAAAUAUAGGGACACUAACAUUAGAUAGGACGCAUAUUCACUCAAUUCAGUCCUCAAAUUUCAAGGAUCUACAUCACUUGACGGCAUUAUUGUUGGGAGGAAAUCAAAUUUCCAGAAUAGACAAGGAUUCCAUUCCGGCAACUAUUUCGAAAUUGCAUCUCGGCAGAAACCAAUUGAGACACUUAAACGGCACAUUAUCAGAUUUAACCGAUUUGUGUUGGUUAUUUGUUAACGCUAAUAAGCUGGACAGUUUAGAAAAUGAACUACCAAGAGUUGCGCCCAACUUUAGGUUCCUUCUUGCAUCUAAUAAUAACUUGGAAAAAUUACCUCAGCAAUUGAAAACGUUUCCUAAUUUGGAAUCGCUGUUCUUUGCCAGCAAUCGUCUCACAUCAUUAGAUGGUGCAUUAUCAAAAUCAAGGAAGUUGGUUCGAGUGUUUUUGGCCGAUAAUCGUAUUAACACGAUUACUGAGGACGAUUUUGCUGAAACAGAAAUGUUGGAAAGUAUUAUAUUGAGUAACAACCAGUUGACAACUCUUAAUAAUUCCUUGACAAAUUUGAAAAAACUGAAGUAUCUUAACAUUACUUAUAACCUACUGACUGAAUUCUCGUUCCAAGAUAUUGUGGGUUUAGAACUUGACACCAUUGACUUAUCUCACAACAAGAUUUCCAAACUCAUUGGACCUGCAGCAUCGUUUCAGAAUUUGGUUGAAUGGAAUAUUAAACUGUUAGAAUUAAAACUGGACCAUAACGUUUUGGAAAGUUUAAAUGGAGCUCUAUCUGGACUACCAUUAUUGAGAAAAUUGGGAUUAAGUUAUAACCGAUUAAAGAUGAUUUCUCCGGAUGAUCUUAUCGGCUUGGAUUGUCUAACAGUGUUAGAUUUGUCGCACAAUCAGUUAACGACUUUAGAAGAAAUGAGUAAGACUUUCCUGCCGAAAUUAUCUCAACUAAUAGCCACUCACAAUAACUUGACGGUGUUGGAGAGAGACUUCCAUGGAUUACCUGUUUUAUGUAAAGCUGACUUUGAACAUAAUCAGAUUAUCUCUCUUGGUCGUGAUUUGGUGGCUAAAACUCGAUGCCAAUUCGAAAAUAACAACGUUCCCGAAGGCACUUGGGACACACUAAUAAUGAACUUACAUGAUAAUCCAAUUAUAUGCGAUGCUGCACUUCCCGAAAUUAAGUCGCUUAUGGAAAUAAAUCAUACUCAAAUUGUUGGAGAAUCCAAAUCGUGCACGACAUGGAACGAACAACCAACUACAAUCCAACCAAAUUCUCUCAUGGAUUACACAACAGUUGAGAGCGAAACUACUCGAGUCCCUUCAUUUCCAGCUUCAGCUUUUGACGCUAAACCAUUACCAUUACUGAACGGACCCAUCCUACAGAAGUCUAACAACUUGCCUUACGCAACGGAUGUUCAAGUGGAAUUAAGAAGAAACGAACAAUAUACGGUUGAAAACGCCCAACAAACAACCAAUAACUACAUACCUGAGGUGCCAUUAGCUCACCAAAAUACUAACAUUGAGUUUCCAGCUACUGUAAACGAGGCACCCACCACCAAAAUUAACCUUUCUGAAAUGAUAAUUCCCACUGAUGAAAUUCGAAAUAUUAAUAUUCCGAUUGAACAACCACCCCCCGCAAUUGAACUUAUUUCAGCGAGUCAGAAAAAGCAAUCCGAAUCUGAAAUCGAAUCGACAUUACCUGUAGUUGAACAGCAGCUAAAUGAAUCACUUAUGGUGGAGUUAACAACGCUACCGCCCAAACACUUUCCGGAAGAUACUCGAAAACCGUGAGACACACCAUUUUAGUUUAUUUAAAAUUUGAGAGAUAUUCUUGAUGUAGUUGCAGUUGGUAAAUUAUUACUAGUCAUUAAAUACAUUUAAUUAAUGUAUAAUACAUUGUUAAAUAUGGAGAAGUAUUUUUGUUAGUUAACUUUAGGAUUUUAGGGCAGUAAGCAUAGUUUAUAUUAUUUAAUCAGGCUCAGUCUAUAAUUACUUAGUUUGUGAUAAUGUUUUUAUAUGACAAAUAUUUUGACUAAGUGCCAUAAAAUUAUUAGAUUUAGAAUUAUUACUAAACAGUUGAAUUAGGAAAAAUUGUAAACUUUAUCUUAAAAAUUAAUGUUACUGAUCUUAAUAAGACAUUUUAGGAAAUAGUACAUAUAUGAUUGUAUUUAUAUUUCUAGAUUAAAAAUAAAAUAUAACUAAAA